UAGGAAAGUCGUGAUGGCCUAUCCAGAAGAAAGUUAUUCUUAGUAUUGACGUGAUGUUCUGUAACGUUGAACUGACUCACAUGACAUUUGUCCUUUUUCACAGCCAUAUGCCUUACCGUAUCAAAUAACUCGAUUAAAAUAGUGUAGUCAGGGUAAGAUCGUAGGAAAAUGCAAAACAAAAUCAAUGUUUUAAAGGGAUCUUUUCACGCUUUGGAUGGUGAAAGCCUACAAAUGCAUUUGCUGUAAUAAGCGUGCAAAACCAAAAGAUCGUCGUCCAUUGACUGACACUGUUAAAAACUAUCUACGAAGGGUCUUUCCUGCUGUAGAUCCAACAGACAGUGAUGUCAUUUGUUUUCAAUGUCGAGUCAAAAGCUACAAGAAUGCCCCAAAGCCUAGGCAAUGUUCAGACAACAUCAGCAAUGAUCCGGACUACCAACCCCAACCAUCUACAUCCAGACAGCCAUUUAGCCCAUUAGCAAUCAGAUGGGUGGUCGAAUCGGCAAACGCUAGAAUCAAGGGAUUCAAAUAUCUAGAUCAUGUGAUGCCAAAUAGCCAGCUGCCAUUUAUUGGUGACUUUGUUAAAAUUGUUUGCGCCAUCUCAAACAAAUACUUCCCCCCUCUAAGUUCCCCAGACCAAGUCGAACAAGAUGAAUUGAUCGCCGAAAAGAUGCUGCAACAAAAUGAAAAAGAAAACGAGCUUAAAAUGUUAGUAGAAGAGAAAGGUCUUGCUAGGAAAAAGACAAUUUGGCGGCCUAUUGAAGAUUGUGAAGUACAGGGAUUUCCGCGUUUAAGUGAUGAACAGCUAAGUGAACUAACACUUGGUGUUUACCAAUUGCGUUUGAGUUCCAGCUACAUGCAAGAGCAUACAACUGGAAAUUGUGACAUUAAAGUGCAUGUUCACGAGCAAAGUUUGAUUUCUGCAAAAUUGCAAAGUCGCCAUACAUCUAGCAGAAUGUACAUGCUGUGGAUACGUCACAGUGAGGAUAUGGUCGAAUCAUGGUACUGCCAAUGCAAGACUGGAUCGCGAGUGGUUGAAAUGUGUUCACACAUUGCAGCUGUGGUCUGGUUCUUGUCUGCCGGUAGAUAUCAGCAAAAGGAAAGUUUGGGGGUUCGAGACUGGGGAAAGUACCUGUCUGACGCUUCUGCAAUUCGUAUUGAUGAUUCAAGUUCUAGCGAGAGUGAUAGCGAAGUUUUUUAGACUGAUUAUAUUUCAUUCUACCAGGGUCUCCAUGCGCGUUUCAUAUACAAGUUUUUAAGCCUUGGCUUUGUGUUAGCACUGGGAUACCUUGAGACAUAAGUGGAAAUUGCUCAUUUUGACAAUAACGUCAUUUUCAAUUGGGACCUGCUAUAAUUGGAAAUGAUGUGCAUGGAUACAUGCUUUUAAUCAAAAUGUAUGCAUAGUCAUGUUAACAAAAAUGUUAUGAGCAAACAAUAUGUUACUGGUAUAACAUUUAGAUAAUGAGUUACUUAACAUAUGUUAAGAUCUAUAUAAUUCAUCAAACAGA